UGCACUCUGGACUUGUCAGCCUUGCAGGCUUCUGGGCACAUCAAAUCUCAGCUAUGAGUAGAUCAGUGAGAUUUAACAUCUGUGUGGUCACUUGCAGCAUCCUGCUCUUGUCCUCCAAUCUACCAUGCCUUGCAUCUCAGCCACAGGAGGAGAGUGACAUGACAAAGGUCCAGCAUGGCACCUGGGCAGGGAAUGAUGUGGAAGAUGAAAGGACAAGCAUGAUGAACUUAAAUAACCUGGGCCCUUCUGAGCAGAUGGUCUCUGAAGAGCCAUGUGGAGUGUCAGCCAAGCCAUCUGAGAUGUCCUUAAAUGAAGCUUUCACUGCAGAAGGAGAAACGCUGCCUGUGAGCCCAAGCCAUGUCAUCCCAGACAGCCAGGGCCUGGGUGCUCACACCUCUGCUGUGGCAGUGGCUGCUGGAGAGGAGGAUGAGCUUGGUCCCAGGCCGUCGGAGCUGGAUGAGGAGGAUGAGUUCAAGGCCAUGCUGACCACAGCUGUGACCACGCUGAACCCUGCUGUCCAGGAGGAGUCUGUUGGUGGCCCCGUUGGUGAGACCACCACAGAGGGUGGUGUUGAAGUAGAGCACAGCUCUUCCAGCCUGUCAACAAGCCCCCUUUUUGGGACAACUGAGGAGGAGGAGGAGGCAGGGAGCAACCCGCACCCCUCAGCUGCACCCCAGCUCACACUGUACCCCAGCUCUCCCAGCUGGGAAACAGCAAGUGACCAUCUUGUCAUCCCAACUCCCCAGGCUCUUGGCAUGACCUCUGAGGUGGGAACACCAAGAGCCCGCACAGGGAGCCCUCUGAAGCUCCUGGCUGUGCGAGCAUCUGUGGCUCCAAAACAUCCCCCCGUAGUGACCGAGGCCUCCCCCCACCUAGAAGCAGGGACGAGUGUUGGGCAAGGAGAGCUGCCUGCCACAGCUGGCACUGUCACCAUCCACCCUGUGGACACUGUGCCACCUGACUGGGAUGACACAAAACAGGGGGACAUGAGUCAAGGGGGAAGCACAUCUCAUGAGGAGGUAACAGAGGACCUGAGGGCAACAGAACCAUCCCAGACCCCACCGGGAGGUAUGGGGGAGGAGGAUGUAACAAGAGUGCCACCAUCCCCAGUGUCCCCUCCACCAACUCCUGAGCUUGCCAAGGAGACCAACUGCACAGCACCAGUGCAAGAGGAGGAGUUGCCAGCAGCUUCCACAGGCAGCAGUGAUGCUCCCCACACUGCGAACCUGAUGGAUGUAGACAUGGCUGAUCUCAACUCGCUGGAAAAUGUAAAUGCAGUCACAGCAGAGGAGGGGAAAAGCAUCCUGCUGUCACAGCCAGAGGCUGCUGUGGUGACAGAUACACAGUCUGAUCUCUCUCCUACUUUGGAAAGCUCAUGGAAAGGUGUUAUUCAGGAGGUGACUACAGUUGUCCAGGAGGCUGAUGCUGCUCUGACAGUUGUGACACCGGUGCCUGGUGCUACCCAGGGAACAGGAGCUGUGAGCCUUCCGCAGGAAAACAGUGGGGAGGACACCCGGAUGCCAACUGCUCCUAGUGCCACGCAGAUGCUGGUGGCAGCUGGUGCUUCCUCUAUGGCGAGUGCUCCAGAUGUAGAAGAUCUCUCAGAUGUGGUCCUGGUCACCAGUGAGAAGGCUGUUCCAGCUCCUGGUGGGAUGUCUGCUACCCAGUCUGGACAGACAGAGGAACCAUCCAGCAGAACUGUGGUUCUAGUAACUCCAGCAUCAGUGGCAUCUUCUGUCAGGAGGACAGCUCUUCCAUCUGUGAGGAGGAUCAGUACAGCUGUGACCUACGGGCUGGACCGCCUGGAGUCAGAAGAGGGUGAGGAGGAGGAAGAGGAUGAAGAGGAGGAGGAAGAAGAAGAGGAGGAAGAGGAAGAUGAGGAGGACAAAGACAUAGAUUUGAUGGAUGAAAGCAUGGAGGGUGACACGGAGCUGCCAGGUUUCACGCUUCCAGGCGAUACCUCCCAGGAGCCCAUAGCUGGCCUGGAAAACCCUGUGGCCCAGCUGGCCGGGGUGUCCUACCAGGUUCCUGACACCAUCGAGUGGGAGCAGCAGAAUCAGGGUCUGGUGAGAAGCUGGAUGGAGAAGCUGAAAGAUAAGGAAGGAGGCAUGCCUAGUAUGAUCUGUGCUCACAGCAGAGCACCUUGGCCUGGGAUUCAGCCAGAGCGAAUGCUGAAAGGACAGAGAAUGGUUUUCCCAACAAAGGCAGGAUACAUGUCGGGGAUGCUGGUUCCUGUAGGAGUUGGAAUAGCCGGAGCCCUCUUUAUCCUAGGAGCGCUCUACAGCAUUAAGAUUAUGAAUCGCCGAAGGAGAAAUGGCUCAAAGAGACAUAAAAGAAAGCAGAGGGAAUUUAACAGCAUGCAAGACCGAGUCAUGCUCUUAGCUGACAGCUCUGAAGAUGAAUUUUGAAUCGAACUGCAGUGCCCUUGUGACAGCCUGUGACUUUUAAAAAGAGGGAGGGGGGAGAAAAAGAACAAGCAACUUUCUGCUGCAUCGCUGCUCUCCGCCGCCCCGAGCCACCGAGCAGUGGUCGGUACCACCCCGGCGAAACGGCAUGCUAUGCUCUACAUGUACCACGCAGUGAUGUUUGUUUUGAUACAGUAGUGAGAUUUCACAUUCGCACCCGGCGCCUCAUUCAGAUCCACAGCGCGUCUUGUUACAGCUGGAGCUGAUCCAUAUGGAUGAUUAUUUUCCAAUUACCCUGGUGUACUGUUUUGGUCCUGGCUGGCAGUAAUCUAAUCAUAACAAUAGCUCUCACCUAACCCAGGAAUGGAAAUCUUUACUGUGAAUGACUUCUGUCCAAUUAAUUUUAAAUGUUACAUUACCUGAGCUAGAGUUCAUUAGUGCUAAGAUUAGCUGCUCUGCUUAAUUAAUGAGUUAUACACUUGAACUGUAUCCCUCGCCACCUGAGAAGUGCCCACAUACAGUGUUGUUGGUACAGUUUGAAGCACAUUUCUGCACUCGGUUCCCUGACUCUGACCCCUUCUUUCUUCAGCUCUGCUCCACGCUUCUUGGAGACACAAAGGAACGGCCUCAACACUUGAUUCAGAACAAAACCCUGUCCAUUUUCAAGCAGCACUGUCUGUUACAGCACAAUAAAUACCAGCGCUCACCUACUGACGGAUAGUUUUGCAUGGAUCUCUUAGCUUUUGUUCAGUGUGCAAGUAGGUAAGAGAAGAGGCAGAUCAGGGGGUUCUUCAGCUUCUGACUCCUGUUUGAAGGUCAUUAGUUAUUAGUUCAUCUCUCUCACAAGGCUGCAUUCACAUAGAGAUGAAAGCAGAGAAUCUGUCUCCUUUACCCACUGGAAAUUUCAUUUUCAGGCCUUGAAAGCUGCAUGAACAGCAGCACCUUUGGGGGAUCUGGAUGGGUCUUGUCCCCAGACCACCGAAUGCAGGAAGGCACCAGAGGUUGUGGAGUGGGUAACUGUCGGUGUUGAGGGAUUUGUGGCUAAUAGUUGGAAAACAGCAGCAGCCACAGCUGGAGAGAUGUCUGCUGUGGGGGGGUGAAAUGGUCCUACUGGGAACCCUUGGCUGUGGGGGAAAAGGUGAAGCUGUAGGACAGACGGCUGCAGAGGGCUGUGGAGGUGAAACCCCACGGGUGGGACG